AUGGAUUCCAUCAUGGACACCCUCGACGCCAUUGCGCUCAAUCCAAACCUGAAACCUCUCCUGACACUCCUUAAAGCCGCCCGCAACGGUGCCGUGUAUGGCGCCAAAGUCCGUUUUCCACAUGCCCUAGUUAUGAUAUUUCUUUUCCGGUCCGGAACAUUCCGCGAAAAAGUCAAGCUCGUCCUCAAAGCUACCCGACAACAUGCAAGUAAUCUCGCCAGAUUCGCCGUCAUAUACAAAAGUGCAAUGUUUGCGAUGAAAUACCUCAAUCCUGCGGGAACCAAGGAGGGUCCAUAUGAUACCUUUUUCGCUGGAUUGCUAGGCGGUUAUGUGGUCUUUGGCAGAAAUCCGGGCAGUGUCAGCCAACAGAUCGUGAUAUACGUCUUCGCGCGAGUCGUACUCGCCAUGGCAAGUCUUUCCGUGCAGCCGAACAUGCACCCGCUCUCCUCCCUCAUCACACCGGAAGCCCGCACACGGAUACAGGAUAAUGCAUGGCCGGCAUUUGCGGCACUCAGCUGGGCGGCUGUCAUGUACGUGUUCCGAUGGCAUCCAGAGUCUAUCGUGAACAGCUUGAGGAGUAGUAUGACAUACAUUUAUGUUGACUCCGACCACUGGACAUCGUUCCACAACUUGCUCAUACACAACAAAUGA